AUGCAAUAUGCAAUUGCUGAUGCUGACCAGGAGGCCAAAGUUAAAGCUGCACUUGAGCGUCGGAAAAAAUUACAGACGAUUAUUUCCAAUAUGGGCAUUGCCGAUCAGAAUGCUGACAUGGUAUCUGCGCUUGAGCAAGACCGUUUCUUCCACUGUACAGUUUUCGAGGCUGAUAGCGAAGAAACACUAGCAUCUGCUCAAGAACAGCCUGCCCAACAAGAACCUAAAGAGCAAGAAUAUGUUGAUCCAGAGGCUAUUGUGGAAACAACGCUGUCCGACCCUAAUCUAGAUAAUUUACCGCUACUUGAAGAAGAAUUGAAUAUUCCACGACCGCUUAUCAAGUCGGCAGAAGUGUACUACACAUCGUGGUCGGAUAGGGUUCUUGCGGAGCAAGCAGCUAAUCUCUACGUUAUCCCCGGUCAGGAGGCACUUGUUGACAGGGCUGCGAUUCAGGCUGAAAAAGCUCAACGAGAAGCAGAUGGACUUUUCGUUGGGGAUGAGCCCGAGAUGAGCUCCAAUCUUCAAGCUCGUCUGAUGCGGGACAACUGGCUUACGAACUCAACUGUUCCUCAUUUGAAAGAUCUCGUCUACAGCUACCCUGUCCGAAGCUGGAAGGUAUUGAAUCACUCAACAGACUUCGACAAUUUGAUGAAGCCAGAAAAUGUUGCCAAAUCAACAGACCCCUUUGAAGAAGCACAAACAUUUGUUGGCGAAGAAACUCCUUGUUACGAACUGUGCGUAAAUUUAACCGAGCUUCGUUUUCUGUCACAUACUUUGAUGUCCGAAGAACACAAGAUCGAGAUGAAUCUUAUCAAGAAAUUUGAAAACUAUGUUAACGCAGUCAAGCGUCACGAGAGCUCCAAAGUGGCAGAAUCGCUCCAAGAAUACAGAUACAAUUGGCAAAUGAAGCGGCAACAAAAUCUGCAAUUUCAGGGCUUGCAAGACUCGCCAUCACGAAAUACAGUCUCAAGUGAUUUGAAGACAGUGAUUGAGCUUCGAGAAACACUAUAUCUUGAACGAUUCAGGAUAAAAGCAGCGAUGGUGGAGGUCCUCGAAGAAUGGGACAGACUUGUUUCUAUUCGUGAGGGUCUUGGUUACAACUCGACACGCUCAAAACUUAUCAUUUACUCGACUCCAGCUCCAGACAAUGAUGCAGAAAUUUGGAACAGAGAUAUUGAGGACGAGCUUGAAGAAGAAGCCGCUCGAUUUGAAGACCGAAUGCUUCAAUAUGAGCAUGAAAUGGCCGAGUAUCGUCGAUACAAAAAUGAACUGAGAGCCAGUUCAGGAGGAGAUGGAGAUGAAACUGAUAUUGAUGAAAAGAAAAAGCCAAAGAAGCCGGCUCCAUUCAACGAGCCGACAGAGCGCGAGAAGAUCGAGCAACGCAGCCGAGAAUCAAGAAGAGGACCUGGACAGCCUGUUCAAAGCCUCGAUCUGGAUAUCCAAGGAAGUCUUUUGGAAAGUCCAGACUCGAUGGUCAACAAGACGGAGAAAUCUCGGAGAGAAAACGCGCGAAAAGCAAGAUAUAUCCUCAAAUACUAUUUCAACUCAAAAGAGUUCUUCGUGUCCGAAAAACUUGCAUUGGAUACUCAGUUCCGUUUGCCUGCGCAAGACCCUCUCCGUGUCCGGACAGCGGAGAUCCCGAAGUCUUUCAAGUGCCAGAUCUACGAAUAUAGCAUGAUUAGCAACACUUACAUCGGAGAGGUCAUCUUCCAGAUUCCAACGAGUUCUGUGACAUCAAAUUAUCCCGCCGAGAACGUAGCAAUAUUUGACAAUAAUCCGUUAAUUGGUGGGCGCGUCGUCUACCUCAGCUGGUGGGGUAAGGAUCCUCAAACUGGCGCGCUUCUUGUUCCCACUCAACUUCCGUCUGUCUUCACUCAGUCGCACAGACAACGAGACAUUUACGAUCCCGGCUUUCACCUCGAAGAUCAAACAGCAAUCGACGACCCAAAUGAUCCUGACUUCGUGCCUGUAGGCAACACAACUGGUGGUCAGACCUUCUCCGGUUUCGUUCUCAAUCCGUUCUUAUCUGAGGGCUAUUUCGCUCCCUCUGAAGCACUAGAAAGUUCGAAACGAUUGCGAGUCUUGAAAUUACGUGCUGAUGAUGUGGCCGAGUUCAUGGGACGGAAGAUGAUUCCUCUAAGAGAUCAUGAAAUCAAGGACUCAGAGAUCCAGUCUUACGAAGAUCGAAUCAUGGGAGAAAUGGACCAAGAUACUUCUGGACUCGAUCACAGGAUAGGUUCUUGUUUGAGUUAA